CGGUGCGCUAGGCGGAUCUGACUGCACCAUGGAUGCUGCUUUUGCCAGAAAACCAAAACUAUGCAGAUUAUUCUUUCCGUUGGAAAAGCAAAUUAUGUUAUUCCCCAUUUUAAUUCUACUGAUAAACCAGGCCUCUAAAAUGAACGCCGAAGUCGGCGUUAUGGAGGAACUGGAAACUGAGAAAGAGGCAGAAGAAAGUCAUCGACAGGACAGCGUGAAUUUAUUGACAUUCAUUUUACUGCUGACAUUAACAAUUCUGACCAUUUGGCUGUUCAAACACAGAAGAGUUCGUUUUCUCCACGAGACCGGGUUGGCAAUGAUAUACGGACUGUUGGUAGGUGUGAUCCUGCGUUAUGGAAUCCCAGCCACCAGCUACCACAACAGAACUCCUCCCAGCUGUUCUCUGGAGGAGGGGCCGGUCAGUACGCUGCUACUGAACGUCAGUGGGAAGUUCUUUGAGUACAUGCUGAAAGGAGAGAUCAACUCCAGGGAGAUACACAACGUGGAACAGAAUGAUAUGCUGCGCAAGGUUACCUUUGACCCUGAAGUAUUCUUCAAUAUACUGCUACCUCCAAUCAUUUUCCAUGCUGGAUAUAGUCUCAAAAAGAGACAUUUCUUCAGGAACCUGGGCUCCAUCAUAACCUACGCCUUCCUGGGAACAGCCAUCUCCUGCUUCGUCAUCGGAAACCUGAUGUAUGGAGUGGUGAAGCUGAUGCAGUUCGUUGGGCAGCUGACUAACAAGUUCUACUACACAGACUGUCUUUUCUUCGGGGCCAUCGUCUCUGCCACUGACCCAGUGACGGUGCUGGCCAUCUUCAAUGAGCUCCAUGCAGAUGUGGAUCUUCAUGCCCUGCUGUUUGGAGAGAGUGUCAUGAACGACGCGGUGGCCAUCGUCCUCUCCUCGUCUAUUGUAGCUUACCAGCCUGCUGGAUCCAACACGCACACCUUCGAUGCCACGGCCUUCUUCAAGUCAGUGGGUGUUUUCCUGGGCAUCUUCAGUGGAUCCUUCGCCAUGGGAGCCAUCACUGGAGUGUUCACUGCACUCGUGACGAAGUUCACCAAGCUGCACUGUUUCCCCCUGCUGGAGACAGCCCUCUUCUUCCUCAUGUCCUGGAGCACCUUCCUAUUGGCCGAGGCCUGCGGGUUCACAGGUGUCGUGGCGGUGCUAUUCUGUGGGAUCACUCAGGCCCACUACACCUACAGCAACCUGUCUGAGGAGUCCACCAAGCGCACCAAGCAGCUGUUUGAGGUCCUUCACUUCCUAGCAGAGAACUUCAUCUUCUCCUACAUGGGCCUGGCUCUGUUCACCUUCCAGAACCACGUCUUCAGCCCCAUCUUCAUCGUCGGGGCCUUUCUGGCCAUCUUCGUAGGCCGUGCCUCCAACAUCUACCCCCUCUCCUUCCUGCUCAACUUGGGACACAGACACAAGAUCAGGGGGAACUUCCAGCAUAUGAUGAUGUUUGCAGGCCUGCGGGGGGCGAUGGCGUUUGCCCUGGCGAUCCGGGACACAGCUACCUACGCCCGUCAGAUGAUGUUCACCACCACCCUCCUCAUCGUCUUCUUCACCGUCUGGGUGUUUGGAGGAGGGACCACCCCCAUGUUGUCAUGGCUACACAUCAGGUUAGAUGUCUGGGUGUUUGGAGGAGGGACCACCCCCAUGUUGUCAUGGCUACACAUCAGGGUUGGAGUGGAUCCAGAUCAAGACCUGCAACAAUGUGGAGAUAACUUCCUGGUCUUUCAAGGGGACGGGACCAUGCCAGAAGGCAGUAAGACCAAGCAGGAAAGUGCCUGGCUCUUCAGGCUGUGGUACACCUUCGAUCACAACUACCUGAAGCCCAUGUUGACCCACAGUGGUCCACCUCUCACCACUACCCUGCCGUCCUGCUGUGGUCCCCUGGCGCGAUGCCUCACCAGCCCUCAGGCCUACGAGAACCAUGAGCAGCUGAGAGACGACGACUCUGACCUGAUCCUUAACGACGGCGACCUGGCGCUGACCUACGACGACACGGCCAUCACGGCUGAAGGCGCGUCCAGUGGAGGGGCGGACGUGGCCGGGGGGGCCGGGGGGGGCUGGGGGGUCAAUGGAAAGAGGAGCGGCAGCACUUCUGAAGAGGCACUGGAGAGAGAGAUGGACCAGGACUUCCUGUCCCGCAGCACACGCCUCGUCUUCCCCAUCGAAGACCACGCCUGACCCCUACACCAUGAUUCCAUGAACCCUGGCCCUCCGUCCCACACACACCACACCCCUGCAGGCUGAGACCUCACCAGACUAUGGGAGGAGAGGAGGAGAAUAGCAGUGAGGGUAGACUGAGUUGUUGGAGGAAAGGGUUUGGUUUAGAACAGGGCUGACAGUUGAUGUCAUUUCUUCCCGGUACGGGACCUCCUGUGUGUGCUAGAAUAGUUUGGACAGCAGGGGUCUCUGCUAAUAGUCAAUAUAGAACAACAUAAAGCAGCCCAUUCAUAGACCUACCCUACAACAUAAAGCAGCCCAUUCAUAGACCUACCCUACAACAUAAAGCAGCCCAUUCAUAGACCUACCCUACAACAUAAAGCAGCCCAUUCAUAGACCUACCCUACAACAUAAAGCAGCCCAUUCAUAGACCUACCCUACAACAUAAAGCAGCCCAUUCAAAGUCCUAUGCUACAAAUGAAACAAUAUGUUAACACAUCUGGUUAGUAGGAUGUAUCAUCAGUUCAAUGUCAAUAACAUAUCCUAAUGUUUUAAAUCUGAUUACACUGAUAAAAUCCCCAA